AUGUCACAUUCCUCCCUCGCUGUUCCUUCAGACAAACACUGCGUCCUUGAGACUAUCUAUCUGGUGUGUGUGUGUGUGUGCUAUUUCACUGUCACGGCUGGCUUAAACAUCAAACUACUCAAACUCCUCCAUCUCUGUGGAAACUUGCCAAUAGUCUUAUCAUUGCGUUUGUUCUGUAAUUUCCCCCCCAUAUCAGUGUAAUGGCAUUGUGUCAUAUGGACAGCCAAAUUGGACUGCGAUUCUUUGAUGUGGAAUAUUUCUGAGGUUUUGUUGUGUUAUGCAAGGGAUCAAGUGGCGGGAUGCUCAGAUCUGGAAGAAGUUGGUUUAGUCCUUGUGAGGGAUGCAUGAAGUUUACUGUGAUCAUGAAGUUGCUAAGCACAUAACAAUUCACACACGCACAGAAACACACACACACACACACUGCUGCGCAGGUCACCGCUGACAACAGAUUCAGAUGGAUGACAAGCAUAUCAGUCCCAAGCCAGGAAGUCUGCAGUGUGCCUUGAUGUGGUCAUGAGAGGUUGAACUGUUUGGCUGCACUGUGUCAACAACCAUGUGUGUGUGUGAGUGUGUGUGUGUGUGUGUGUGUGUGUGUGUGUGUGUGUGUGUGUGUGUGUGUGUGUGUGUGUGUGUGUGUGUGUGAAUCCUCUGACCUUCUGCUCCCUGUUCGGCUGGUAGGGCCAAGACCUUAGCCUCUCUCUCUAUCUGUGUCAGUCAGUGUAUGUGUCUCAAAUGGCACCCUAUUCCCUAUAUAGUGCACUACAUUUGACCAGAACCCCAAUAGCUGGUCCUAUGGGCCCUAGUCAAAAGUGGUGCACUGUAAAGGGAAUAGGAUGCCAUUUGUGAUGCAGCCAGCGUGUGGGUGUUUGAGAGAGUGUGUUUGUGGUUUCAUACUCCGUAGAUUGCCUAAUGGUCUGUACUCAGUGACCUUUGGCGAGAUCAGCAGUGUGUGUCAAUCAUAGUCCCCCAUGCAGACAUCUGCAAAGCAUCAGAACACUGGGGCCCAUGUUUAGCUCAUGUUUAGGAUGCUUUCUCACAGGGUGGCCUGAAGUCACUUCAUAAUCGAUUUUCUUUUAUCAUGAUGAUAUUAAAGAAGUGAUUAUAAUUUUUAAAGUGUGGGUGCUUAUAGUUAGUUACAUAGCACAUUAUACGUGUGCUAUAAGGCAUUAUAAAUGACGUUAUAUAGCAUUAUACAUGCUUCAUAGAAAGUGUUACCAAAAAUCAAUUGCUACACUGUUACAGCUUUAACUGGAUGGCACAAAAAAACAAAUGUAUUUGUCUUGAACAACAACUGGCUAACAACUGGUAAUAUAGUCUUCGGCAAGUCUUCCUGUUAGCUACAAUGAUCUAAUCUCAAUACAAUAUUUUCUAUGUAAGCCUCCCUCUCCGAACUUGUCAAAACUUGACCAUACAGACUCUUGGUUGCCUUGAAGGAUUCAGUCAUUCAAUCGUGGUCUUGACAGGAGGCUUUAAGGCAGCCAGCCAGCCAGGCAGGCAGCUCUCUCACCUCCACAGUGGUAAGGCUUUGUAGCUGUCAAGAGAGAUGGGAGGGCCCAUAUAAGCCUCUGAUCUAAUGCUUUUUGACACGGCACUCACACACACACACACACACACAAACACACACACAAACACACACACUCCGUGCUCCGCACUCAGGGUGUGGCAGACAAUGUGCCACGGUAUGCACCUGCCACCGUACCCUUUAGGAUGUUUGUCUUUUUCAGGGAUUAAAGGGAUUCAGGAAAUUAACUCACUGUCCGAGUUUCUGGGACAGGAGUCAACAGUAGUCAGCCAGUGACCUAAUUCUGAUGGGGACAUGGAGGGAAGAGGGAAAUCAAAGGCAUAAUGUUGUUCUGUUCUGUUUUGUUGUGUUAUGUUCUGUGUUUGGUGCUUUGGAAAGGUUGCUUUGUGUCUGAUGGUGUGUGUCCUAAAUGGAACCCUAUCCCCUAUAUACAUGUAGUGUGCUACUUUUGACCAGGUGCACUAUUUGGACUAGGGCCUGGUUGAAAGUAUUGCACUUUAUAGGGAAUGUGGUGCCAUCUGAUGUGCUCUGUGUGGACUCCCUGCACACCAGGGCUUUCUUACCUGCCAACCUGUCGGUGUAAUCAGAGAUGGCAUUCACUGACAGAGAGAGAGAGAGCGAUAGAGAGAGAUAGAGAAUUGAUGUAUAUGUUAGUGUGAGUGAAUUUGUGGAUCUUGUUUGUUUGAGCAUUGAUCUUUGCGUUAGGGCUUGUUUGCUGUGACAUCCUACCUGAUUACACAGUAUACCCUUGUUCAUAUACUCUCUCUCUGUCUUAACCAUAUACACACACACACUGCUAUACAGUUGAUCUGUUAUGAUUACGUAAAGGAGGCCAGGCAAUAGAGGAGAUCUGGACAGCAGCUUUCAGCCACACUAGACUAGAUCAGUAGGUCAAGUGAAGUGACCAACGGACAAAUCCUUUUAGUAAGUUAGCUAAGCUUUGUUAAAGAUGCUCUUAAUUCAUUUAAACUCUGACAGCAAACCUAGCUAAUCCCCCUGUGAACUACAUUUUGGUCGUCUUCUCCAUCAUUUCAUGUAGUUUUUCUAACCAGUUUUUCCACUUCCUGUCCCCCUCUGCAGUGUCGUCAUGCAUCACCACAUACAAGAAGACACCUCCGCCGGUGCCGCCGCGCACCGCCCCAUCCAAGCCUGUCAUCUCCAUCACGGCCCAAAGCAGCACAGAAUCGGCCCAGGACGCAGAUAUGGAUGGGGGGUCGGGUCUCCGGACCCACAUCAGCACAUCUCAGCCCCGCCUGUCCAACUCCACUGAGAGCAUCGACAGUAUGAAGGUAUAUCAUAUAAUAACGUUUAUCGUAUAUUAUGAAAAUAUUAUACGUCUUAACGGUAUAGGUACAAUCUGUUUUGAAUUUGUCAGUGUCAUUUUGUGCUUAUGAUGUUAUCAGUGUUUUUAUAUUAAUCCCAAAAAUGUAUGCAGUUGAAGUCUGAAGUUUACAUACACCUUAGCCAAAUACAUUUAAACUCAGUUUUUCACAAUUCCUGACAUUUAAUCCUAGUAAAAAUUCCCUGUUUUAGGUCAGUUAGGAUCAUCACUUUAUUUUAAGAAUGUGAAAUGUCAGAAUAAUAGUAGAGAGUGAUUUAUUUCAGCUUUUAUUUCUUUCAUCACAUUCCCAGUGGGUCAGAAGUUUACAUACACUCAAUUAGUAUUUGGUAGCAUUGCCUUUAAAUUGUUUAACUUGGGUCAAACGUUUCGGGUAGCCUUCCACAAGCUUCCCACAAUAAGUUGGGUGUCACGCCCUGGCUCGGGGGACUCUUAAAUGUUGAGCCAGGGUGUGGAAUUUCUGUUACAUUUUCUAUGUUUUUGUUCUAGAUCGUUUAGAUCUAUGUUGGCCAGGGUGGUUCCCAAUCAGAGGAAGCUGUAGCUCGUUGUCUCUGAUUGGGGACCAUACUUAGGCAGCCUGUUUUCACUAGUUUAUUGUGGGAUCUUGUUCCGUAGGGUUUUGUGUAUAACCUAGGACUUCACGUAUCAUUUGGUUUAUUGUUUUGGUUCGUGUGUGUACACAAUAAAGAAUGUACGCUUAUCACGCUGCGCCUUGGUCCGCUUCAUCUGUCGACGAUCGUGACAGAAGAUCCCACCACCAGAGGACCAAGCAGCGUGCCCAGGAGGAGAAGUUGGCGAUGUCCCAGGUGGGCGAAUGGUGGUCUUGGGAGGACAUAUUCGCGGGCAGAGGGCCAUGGGCAAAAGUAAAUGCCCAGGCAGGAGAGGAGAAACGGUGCCAACCAUGCCGACGACGGACACGCGAGAGGCAACCCCAAGUAAUUUUUUUUGGGGGGGGCACACGGCGUGGACGACGGGGCUGCUUUAGGCAGCUACAGGGCGAAUCGGCGGACUAGGAGAGGAGGCCACAAGGUUACGGGGGCUAUUGGUCACGAGGGAGAAGGAGAGUGUAGAGGCACGGCGAGAGGAACUGGUUAGGCAGCAGAGGGAGCGGAGGUUUAUGAGGAAACCCAGUCCCGCUCCUCGCACCAAGCAAGUGGUGUGUGUCACCAGUCCGGUCCGGCCCGUUCCUGAUUCCCGCACAAGGCCAGUGGUGUGUGUUCCCAGUCCGGCCCGACCUAUUCCUGUCCCCCGCACCAAGCCUGUGGUGCGCGUCGUCACCCCGUUCCGGCCUGUUCCUGCUCCCCGCCCCAAGCCUGUGGUGCGCGUCGCCAGCCCGGUUCGGCCUGUUCCUGUCCCUCGCACCAAGCCUGUGGUGCGCGUCGUCAGCCCGGUCCGGCCUGUUCCUGCUCCCCGCACCAAGCCAGUGGUGCGCGUCGUCAGCCCGGUCCGGCCCGUUCCUGCUCCCCGCACCAAGCCAGUGGUGCGCGUCGUCAGUCCGGCACGGUCCGUGCCUGUUCCACCGGUGCCUGGUCCGGCACCGGUCAGCUGCUCCACACCGGAGCCAGAGCAAUCCGCUCCACCGGUGUCCAGUCCAGCUCCGGCCUGCGGGGCCAGACCAGACCAGGGGCGCUACGGGGGGGUAUACAGAGAGUGGUGGUCACGCCCGGAGCCGGAUCCGCCUCCGAGGCGGAAUGCCCACCUGGCCCCUACCCCGUUGUGUUGGUGUGGCGCGGUCGCAGUCCGCGCCUUUUGGGGGGGGGGGUACUGUCACGCCCUGGCUCGGGGGACUCUUAAAUGUUGAGCCAGGGUGUGGAAUUUCUGUUACAUUUUCUAUGUUUUUGUUCUAGAUCGUUUAGAUCUAUGUUGGCCAGGGUGGAUCCCAAUCAGAGGCAGCUGUAGCUCGUUGUCUCUGAUUGGGGACCAUAUCACUGAUUGGGAUUGGGGUUUUGUGUAUAACCUAGGACUUCACGUAUAAUUUGGUUUAUUGUUUUGGUUCGUGUGUGUACACAAUAAAGAAUGUACGCUUAUCAUGCUGCGCCUUGGUCCGCUUCAUCUGUCGACGAUCGUGACAUUGGGUGAAUUUUGUCCCAUUCCUCCUGACAGAGCUGGUUUAACUGAGUCAGGUUUGUAGGCCUCUUUGCUUGCACACACUUUUUCAGUUCUGCGCACACAUUUUCUAUAGGAUUGAAGUCAGGGCUUUGUGAUGGCCACUCCAAUACCUUGACUUUGUUGUCCUUUAGCCAUUUGGCCACAACUUUGGAAGUAUGCUUGGGGUCAUUGUCCAUUUGGAAGACCCAUUUGCGACCAAGCUUUAACUUCCUGACUAAUGUCUUGAGAUGUUGCUUCAAAAUCCACAUAAUUUUCCUUCCUCAUGAUGCCAUCUAUUUUGUGAAGUGCACCAGUCCCUCCUGCAGCAAAGCACCCCCACAGCAUGAUGCUGCCACCCCCGUGCUUCACGGUAGGGAUGGUGUUCUUCGGCUUGCAAGCGUUCCCCUUUUUCCUCCAAACAUAACGAAGGUCAGUAUGGCCAAACAGUUCUAUUUUUGUUUCAUCAGACCAGAGGACAUUUCUCCAAAAGGUACGAUCUUUGUCCCCAUGUGCAAUUGCAAACCGUAGUCUGGAUUUUUUAUGGCGGCUUUGGAGCAGUGGCUUCUUCCUUGCUGAGCGGCCUUUCAGGUUAUGUCGAUAUAGACCUCGUUUUACUGUGGAUAUAGAUACUUUUGUACCUGUUUCCUCCAGCAUCUUCACAAGGUCCUUUGCUGUUGUUCUGGGAUUGAUUUGCACUUUUCGCACCAAAGUACGUUCAUCUCUAGGAGACAGAACGCGUCUCCUUCCUGAGCGGUAUUACGGCUGUGUGGUCCCAUGGUGUUUAUACUUGCGUACUAUAGUUUGUACAGAUGAACGUGGUACCUUCAGGCAUUUGGAAAUUGAACCAGACUUGUGGAGAUCUACAAAAAAAAUUCUGAGGUCUUGGCUGAUUUCUUUUGAUUUUCCCAUGAUGUCAAGCAAAGAGGCACUGAGUUUGAAAGUAGGCCUUGAAAUACAUCCACAGAUACACCUCCAAUUGACUCAAAUUAUGUAAAUUAGCCUAUCAGAAGCUUCUAAAGCCAUGACAUAAUUUUCUGGAAUUUUUCAAGCUGUUUAAAGGCACUGUGAACUUAGUGUAUGUAAACUUCUGGAAUUGUGAUACAGUGAGUUAUAAGUGAAAUAAUCUGUCUGGAAACAAUUGUUGGAAAAAUUACUUGUGUCAUGCACAAAGUAGAUGGCAUAACCGACUUGCCAAAACUAUAAUUUGUUAACAAGAAAUUUGUGGAGUGGUUGUAAAACGAGUUUUAAUGACUCCAACCUAAGUGUAUGUAAACUUCCGACUUCAACUGUAUAAUAAGAAUUUAUAUUUUAUUGUUAUUAUAAUGAAGGCCCUGACGGCAGCUAUUGAGGCAGCCAAUGCCCAGGUCCACGGCCCAGCCAGCCAGCACGUCACCAACAGCACCAUCACCAUCACCGCCACCGCCACCACCACUGCUUCCAGCGACAGCAAGAGGGACGCGCUCCGGAAGUGCCUCUCCAUAGGGAUACAGGUGCAGAUACGUUGACUGUGUUGACAACACAUUGACCACAUGCUGACCACACAUGGCCAUAUUGGAAUGUGAUCAUACAUAGAUAAAUCAUAGAGUGAUGGAGUAAAAAUAUCAGCCAUAAACUGUCAAUCUUAUCAGAGAAAAAUCAUGACUCUUUGGCAUUCCCUGUCGACCUAUCCUGUGGUCUAUUCUUAACUGACCAAUCUCGGUUAACCCAGAACUAAAAUCUGGUGUAAUUUGGUCAGAUGUUACCAUUUAUGUUUAUGUAGUCUAGAUUAUUAAUUGACUUACCUGUAUAAAUAAUGUUUAAAUAAAAAUUGAAUCUGUUUUCUGUUGCAGGUGGAUGGACCAGAGGAGGUUGGGGGGACAGAGGAGCACUCCAAGUUCCAGUCAGUGGGCAUCCAGGUGGAAGAGGAGAGAUGGUGAGUAGAGAGAGACAGAGAAAGAGAGAGAGGAUGUUAACAAUUUUCUGUCAUUCAUGUUAGUGUUUUUCUUGUAUCCUGUUGUAGUCCGCUGGUGUCUCUGCUUGCUGACUGUCUACUCAUAAUGCUUCCAGUUGGCACCUCUCUUUCUAACACUCCCCCAUCUGGCCUGAGAGCUGUAUGUAUAUACGUGUGUGCCUUGGAGUUGGGCCCAGUGACUGUAUGCUACCGGGCCACUCAUCCCACCCCCCACAUCACCCCACAACAGCUGUCCCCAGCUCGGAGGUUUGGGCAUCAGAGCCCCUCAACCAGGGGGCCCAUGCGUGCAGUGACAGCUGGGGGACUAGAGGACGUGUAGCAGGGGAUGAAUAAGGGAAAGGGGAGAGGGAGAGUGGGCAGUUAGUUGACAGCCAUCUGUUGCACCAGUCAUUGUGAUGUAGCCAAGCCACUUUGGGAGGGGGGAUUUCUGUCAAUGUUCUGUUAUUUUCAGUACAUGGUCAACCCCCCUUCUCCCCUUCCCCCAACUCUCCCCUUUGCCUGCACUACACGUAACAGUUCUUAUAGCUUCCCUACCUCCCCUAUAUCUCCCCCUAAAGCCUUCCGCAUGCUUCGGUUCGGGUGGCGCCUAGCCGAACAUGGCUAAGCGAACCGAACGAGUGUGCUCGCAUUCUCCCUUAAAAGUCCAUCGCUUGGAAAACGAGAAACAAGAGGCAAUAGUACUGUUUGUCGAUCUUGAGAUGCCGUAGCCAGUAUACACUACCUCAAAAUAUUCAGAAUUCAUCUAAGAUAACUCAAGAAAUCAUCAUUAAUUUUGACGUUUUUGUCGAGGAGGUCUUAGUAGCACGAUUUUACAUCUAACUAAUAUGAAAACGAUUAGUCUCUCAUUGACAACCAACACUUAAUUGAAGGAUCCCUACUGUUGACCAAUCACAGACAAUGGGGCGUAGACUUCGGCUACCGACUUCGGCUACCGACUUCAGCAUGCCUAGAGAAAAUGUUUUGUGUGCACGAACAGCCCAAAAAAACCUUGCCAAAGACCAAAACAAAAACAUCGUCCUAAUAUAUGCACGAACUGUUCUGAACUAUUUUGGAUGGGAAGCAUGUGGAUGCCUUAAGAGUCUCUUUACUCCUAUAGGGCCGGCAUAUAGCAUGCCAAUUGGCCACCUCAUUGGACAACUGCCCUGACUGACUUACAAGGAGCAUUUGCAUGGGCCGGAAGUCAUGGGAACAUUCCUGGUUCCUGGAGUUGUAUAAAAAUAUGUCACGCAGCAGGCAGUUAUGUGUCAGUGUGUCUGCCUGCGUAACUCCCAUCCACUCCGCACAGUAACCCCUCUGUUAGUCAGAGUUGAAGGGAGAUUUCCAAUUUAGAAACUGCACUGGAUGCAGUAAUCUGAUUUCAUAAUGUAAACAGAACAUGGUCAGGAAUCAAAGAGCCCAGUCUCAACCUACCAAGGUCAUGUCCAGGACUGCAUUUUCAGAGUCAGACGCAGGAAUCUGGGUUGCAUCCCAAAUGGCACCCUAUUCCCUAUAUGCACUACUUUUGACCAGAGCCCUAUGGCUAGGCCAAUGGGCCCUGGUCAAAUGUAGUGCACUACAUAGGGAAUAGGGUGCCAUUUGGGAUGCAGGAUAUCUGGACUGGUUUUUCCUCAAAGAGCUUUCCUCAGCUGCCUAGCCAAGCAUUGAAAAGGAGGCACACCUCCAAGCAGCCAAGGCAAACAUUAACUCCUGUAGACACUUCCACUGAUCCAGUGGCACUGGGGUUUAAUGCCACACAUGUGCCUUCCCUUGGUGUAUGUUUAAGUGUGUGUUUUUGGCUGUGCAUGUUUAAUUUUGUGUGUCAAAUAAAAUAAAAUUGUAUUGUAUUGGUCACAUACACGUGUUUAGCAGAUGUUAUUGCGGGUGUAGCGAAAUGCUUGUGCUUCUAGCUCCGACAGUGCAGUAAUAUCUAACAAGUAAUAUCUAACAAUUUCACAACAUAUACCUGUCACGAUCGUCUAGAACAGGAGACCAAGGCGCAGCGUUGCGAGUGAACAUAUUAUAUUUAUUAAAUGCUCACAACAACAAAAGCAAUAAACAACGAAAGCGUGACGUCCAGUGUACAACACGAACACACACGAACAAAAUCCCACAACCCGAAAGGAAAACAGAUAGAUUAAAUAUGGCUCCCAAUCAGAGACAAACAGCCGACAGCUGACACUCGUUUGCCUCUGAUUGGGAGUCACACCGGCAAACAUAGAAAAUAAACCACCUAGAACACCCACCAGAGAAACCGAAAACAUAGAAUGAACACACCCUGGUUCAACAUAAUGAGUCCCCGAACCAGGGUGUGACAGUACCCCCCCCCUAAAGGCGCGGACUGUGACCGCGCCUAAAUACGAGCAAAACAGGGGAGGGCUGGGUGGGCAUUCUUCCUCGGCGGCGGCUCCGGCUCCGGGCCUGAUCCCCACUCCCUCUCCAACCCCCCAAAGUACCCCCGGUCCCGUCUAGCCCCGCUGGCCGGAGCCGGACUGACGACACGCGCCCCUGGCUUGGUGCGUGGAGCAGGAAUGGACCGGAAUGGGCUGGCGACGCACACCACCGACUUGGUGCGGAGAGCAGGAACGAGCCGGACAGGGCUGACGAGACGCACCACAGACUUGGUGCGGGAAGCUUGGAUGGGCCGGACUGGGCUGGCGACGCGCACCACAGACUCGGUGCGGAGAGCAGGAACGGACCGUGCCGGACUGACGACGCACCCCACUGGCUUGGUGUGGACAGCAGGAACGGGCCGAUCCGGGCGGCCGAAACGCACCACAGACUUGGUGCGGGGAGCUUGGAUGGGCCGGACUGGGCUGGCGACGCGCACCACAGACUCGGUGCGGAGAGCAGGAACGGGCCGUGCCGGACUGACGACGCACACCACUGGCUUGGUGUGGACAGCAGGAACGGGCCGAUCCGGGCGGCCGAAACGCACCACAGACUUGGUGCGGGGAGCAGGAAUGGGCCGGACCGGGCUGGCGACGCGCACCACAGACUUGGUGCGGAGAGCAGGAACGGGCCGGACCGGGCUGGCGACGCGCACCACCGGCACGAUGCGAGGAACAGGACCAGGCCGGCCCGUACUGGAGACACACACCACUGGCCCCACGCAGAGAUCAGGAACGGGCCGGACCGGACUGGACACACACCCCAGUACCUCUCGCCGUGCCUCCACACUAUCCCUCUCCUCUGUGACCAGUGGCCCCCUCAACCUGGCGGCCUCCUCUUCACACCCGCUGGACCGCUCCAUCGCGGCCUCCUGCUGCCCCGUCGUCCACGUCGUGAGCCCCCCCCUAAAAAUUUUCUGGGGUUCUCUCCUCCCCGUGGACCAGGCCUCCCUAGCUCUCGUCAGACUCUCGAUCCAUUGCUUCAUCGACCAGCCUCUCUCCUCUUCAUUUAGCGUGGCCCAGCCGAAACUCCUACUCCCCUGAUCCCAGGUCCUUCCUUUCUCCUCCUCACGCUGCUUGGUCUGGUACUGGUGGGAUUUUCUGUCACGAUCGUCUAGAACAGGAGACCAAGGCGCAGCGUUGCGAGUGAACAUAUUAUAUUUAUUAAUGCUCACAACAACAAAAGCAAUAAACAACGAAAGCGUGACGUCCAGUGUACAACACGAACACACACGAACAAAAUCCCACAACCCGAAAGGAAACAGAUAGAUUAAAUAUGGCUCCCAAUCAAAGACAAACAGCCGACAGCUGACACUCGUUUGCCUCUGAUUGGGAGUCACACACCGGCAAACCAUAGAAAAUAACCACCUAGAACACCCACCAGAGAAACCGAAACAUAGAAUGAACACACCCUGGUUCAACAUAUGAGUCCCCGAACCAGGGUGUGACAAUACCCAAUACACACAAAUCUAAGUAAGGAAUUAAUUAAGAAUAUAUACAUAUAUGGACGAGCGAUGUCAGAGCGGCAUGGACUAAGUUACAGUAGAAUAGUAUAGAAUACAGUAUAUACAUAUGAGAUGAGUAAUGCAAGAUAUGUAAACAUUAUUAAAGUAACUAAGAUACCAUAGAAUAGAAUAGUGUAGUAUGAAAAAAAAGAAGAAAAAAAAUCUGUAAAAUGACUAAAAUAAUAAAUAAAUACAGUAUACACAUAUGAGAUGAGUAAUGCAAGAUAUAUAAACAUUAUUCAAGUGGCUAGUGUUCCAUUUCCUAAAGUGUUUAUGUGUGUGUGUUCUGUGUUUGUGUGCGCGUGUUAUUGUGCAUCUUUCUGUCUGUGUGCGUGUGUGUGUGUGUGUGUGUGUGUGUGUGUGUGUGUGUGUGUGUGUGUGUGUGUGUGUGUGUGUGUGUGUGUGUGUGUGUGUGUGUGUGUGUGUGUGUGUGAAUGUCCCAGCAAGGCAGGGUUGAUCCUGGGAGGUCUAGGUCUGCCCCUAUGCACUAGAUUCCCAGACGGUGAGAGUGCAUUUCUCCUGUGGCCCUGCCCCACUCACAAUAAAUCUGUGUGUGUGCACGUGUGUGUAUGGGGUCAUAACCUUACCUCAGUGUUUGAACUGGGCUUAAGCUUGCCAAACUGAGAGGGAGUGGAGCAGAGCUAUAAAAGAUAAGAACACUACAAACAACCUGGCUGCCUUUUAAAGACAUCUGUCAGCUGCCUGCUAAGACAAGUUUACGUUGUCUAAUGUAGGUUAUUAUCAAUAAUCUCACUCUAUGAUUAUAUCAUUAACAUAUACUGUACGUACCGAAAAUUGUCCUUAAAUAUAAUUCUGUAAUAACAUAAUAUUAUACGUUUAGACAAUGUUCAGGUUCCAUAACGGUACAAGUGUACCUAGUUUCAUGCUUUUAUGAUAAAGUGAAUGAUUUGUUUUACAUACCGCCUGGACUACAAAUCUACCAAUUUCAAUCUAAUUUAUAAUCCUAAUUUCAACAACAAAUAUUCUACAAAGGUGUGCCAACUUAUGUCAUGGGCCCAUACAUUCCAUAUGGUAAACUCAUUCCAAGAUGGCGGCAUAUGGGGUAGGUGGAGGUUGGAUUUUGUUUCCACAGCUGGCUUUGCAGUAACUGGUAACAUGGAAUGUGGGUAUGUGUAUGGUCUAUGGUGGUCCCAAACCAUACGGUCCUCAAUCCACAUUGACCGUCUUGAAAAGUCAGUCCGAGACGAUCAGACCUACUGCUUUAUGGUCAUGUUAAGGAGGACAAAGGGACAGAGACACGGUCUGCAACCCUAAUGGCUCCCUGUUCCCUUCCAGGGCCCAAAAGUAGUGCACUGUAAAGAGGAUAGGGUGCCAUUUGGAAUAUACCCAUAACAUGGAAGAUCUAUUAAGAUGCCUUGUACCCCUAGUCCUACAUUCUUAGAAAAAAAGGUGCUAAAUAGAACCAUAUAGGGUUCUUUGAUUUAGGGGAACCCUUUUUGGUGCUAGGUAGAACCCUUUGCAGAGGGUUCGACCUAGAACCCUCUAUGAAGGCUUCUACCAAUAACCCUUUUAUCUUUGGAGGGUUCUUCCUCGAAUCCUCUAUUAUGAAUGCUUCCACCAUCCUUGUUAGCCUUUCAAAUGAAAUUCUUUAUGACAAUACAUUACAUAUAGCAUAAGGCCUUUCUUUGAGGGCCUAGUUAUACCGUAACACAGUGGUGUUAGGAAACUCCUGGUUUACAGGCCACAUCAGUCCUGCAAGUCACAUUAUGCUGGUUUGCAAAGUGAUGUGUAAUUCCUAUUGGAAUCCAGCCAGAGUUAGGAUAUACAACAAGUGGAAUUGUUUUUCACCCGCAACCAGCAUUCAGAAUUACUGCCAGGGUUAGGAACAUUGUGCAGAGACUACCUAAACCAUCUAAACUGAAACAAACUUUUCAGUAACGGGUGCAAUACAUCCAAUUACUAAUAGAUUGGAUUUCUUUUGAAAACGGUAUGUUAUUUAUCUUUGUGUAGCAUAAAAAUGUAUCAACCAAUCAAUGUAUAUGUAAUAACCCAGAUAUUAAAACAAACCAUUCUUACCCUGCAAUAGAGCAUGCUGGGAAAUAAGAUAUAUGGUUAUAUGUAGAACCCUUAUCGCCUUCCAAAGAACCCUUCUUUCCUUCCAAAGAAUCAUAAAACAACCAAAAAUGGUUCUUAGGAUGUUAAAGGUUCUUGCAAAGAACCCUUUUCUUCAAAUCAAAACGGUUCUGGGUAGAACCCUAUCCCUCCGCAAAGAACCCGUUUGGUACCCCCUUUAUUCUAAAAGUGUAGUGAUAACUCUUACUGAUGGGUUUUAGCUUUUAGAAUUUUAGCUAUUAGUGUCAUUUUAGACUGAGGCUUUGAGGUCGCUUUCCGUAAUUGUGUUAAUUUGGCUUAUCCAUGUUUAGAGGGGUGGUAUGCGCACAUCCAUAAAAAAACUUUCCCCAGGUGCUGGAUCCAAGUGGAUAACGUAGAACAAAAAGUACAUCCCCACACUGCUCCCAAAGUGUUUAAUAAGACUGGGACUACGUUUUGACCCAAACUGGGAUUCAGCUUAUCCAGACUUAGCCUGAACAUGCUAAGAGAAGAAAACGACAUCUUACAAUUAAGGAAUUCUACUGUAGCCACAAUCCAGACUGACAAAGUCAUCCAGUCUUGGAGCAGCUUUUCCCCCAGUUGGAGAGCGGAGCAGAGCAGGCCUCCCUUAACCACUGAAGUGAUUUACAAGGCCCUGUGAAGGACUCCACCUGACUGCACUGUAACAAGAACCUUUUUUUGCUUUUGCCUUUUUAUCUUCUCCCCCCUCUAUUUCUCUCUCUGUCCCUGUCCCUCCCUCCCUCUCUUUCCCUACUCCACCCCCCACCCCAUCUCUCUCUCUCUCCAUUCUCUCCAUCUUCCCUUCUCCCUCCUCUCUCUCUCUCCCUCCCCCUCUCUAACUCUCUCUCUCUCUCUCCCUCCCUCUCCCUCUCUAUCAGUCAGUAUGGGUUGUGUUUGGCCUUACCCCUCACUGCCCUGACACAGACAGGAAGUUGUUAGGACGGAGCUGCUAUAAAGCGGGCUGAGAUCAUUAUGACUGCACACCUGCUCAGAGGACAGCUACUCUUUAACUGCUGUGAGCACACACACGUACACACACACACACACACAUACACACACUUAUCCAGGCACUGGUACACCUCCACUGUGAGUGUCUUUGAUCUCUCCUGCUCCUCUCCCCCUCCUGUUCUCUGUUCACGGAAGAGGGGAGAUGAAUGGAGCAGAGGAGGAAUAGAUGAAUGGGUAAAGUGGAGGAGGAGGGACUGACCGGAAAUGUGAGGCGAUUUCUGGGUCUGUAUGAGUGUCACCCUGUGGGCAGGUCAUGUCAGUGUCUCCAUGCUGUACUGUGUGUGUGUGUGUGUGUGUGUGUGUGUGUGUGUGUUGCCGGUGUGUUCAGGGCGAUAUGGCGCGUGCAGGAGAAGUUUUUUUUCAUCAUUAUGGGCGUAGUUAUCAGUGUUGUAUCUGCUCUGAUUGCCCGUACUAAAUGUCCAAUGUUCGUGCUUUCAUGCCCCCCCCCCCCUUUUGUGUGUUGAAAUCGCCCAGAAGUCUGUCAUAGACUCCCAUGUAAAAUCUAUUUUUUUCAAAUAUCAGAGCUUUCAAUACAAUCUCUAUGGGUUUCUGAGGGCUUGCACUUACGCGCUUUCGUCAUACGUAACAUAACCAUGAACGUAACUAAGAAAAGAGCGGGUAGCCUCAUCAAUCAAUUCACUACUACUAUCAAAAUGGCUAGGCUUCAGUGCAACUCGAUUGUGUCUUUGAAAGAAGUUCCUUUUUGUCGGCGAACAAAUGAAGAUAAAUUGGCAACGAAACAAUUAGGACCUCCCAGACCAAAUUUAAUAAUUCAACAGGUUUCUACUAAAGGGGGGAAGUCCUACACCCGAGGAUUUUCCAAAAAUUGGUACGAACAAAAAACCUGGCUAGCAGGCUGCGAUGUAGCUAAUGCAGUCUUCUGCUACCCCCUGCUUACUCUUUCACCCUGAAGGCGGCACGGCAGACAGCACCGCUUGGACAGCGACUGGUGUGUAACGGACAUGCACCAUCUUUCAGGAAAGAUUAAGAAACAUGAGCUGUCAAAGACCCACAUGGAUAGCUGUUUGAGAUUGUCUGCUUUGGGGAGAGUGAACAUUCCCACUCAACUGGAUGAGGGAUACAGGCUAGCUGUCCGCCGCCACAACGAUGAGGUUAGUGUUGAUAAUCACAAGUUUACUGGAGAACUGAAACUGACAAGGCUGACAAGAUAGGACCCUUUUGUCCAUUGUUAUUGGAUAGGAACAGAACUUAUAACCAGCUCCUGACCUAAAUAGAUCUUAGCACAACAUUUUACUCAACAUAUCAUAUUCCAUAUUCACUAUAACAAAUAUAUUUACUACGACAUUAGCAAGAACCGCCACAUCCUCAGCCGGCUAAUCCAGUGUGUGAAGUUUUGCGGAGUGUUUGAGUUAGCUUUGCGAGGCAAAGAUGAAACUGAGGGCUCCACCAACCCUGGUAAGCCAACACUUUUGAGAUCAGUCAAUAAAUGCUUCUGGUAUUGACUUAUAUGCUGCCCCUGUCUUCAUGUUGUUGCUGGACAUAUCUUUUUUUAAAUGUGUGUAGGUCACCUAAAUCAUCAGAAAAAUUGCCCCCCCUGAGAAUUUUUUCAGGAGCCGCCACUGUGUGUGUGUGUGUGAGACAGUGAGAGAGAGAGAGAGAGAGAAUUUUCUGUCAUUCAUGUUAGUGUUUUGAAAAUAUGUUAUUUCCAUGCAAGUGUGUGACUUUGUGCUAGUGUGUUGGCACGUUGCUCUGAGAGACUUGGCAAUGGGAGUCUUACAGGGGCACAAAGCCUCUCGAACCAAUUCAAAAGCUGCACCCCCAGCUGUACAGUGGGGUCCUGAGGGUGUGUGCAGCAGGGCAGAGGGACUAACAAGACCACGCUCCAUUACCUCUGAAUCAGCCAGGUGACCAAACGCCCCUAUGACACCCCUCCCAAACACCCCACACCUGGCUGAUCUGAUCUGGGAUCUGUGUUAAUAUACUAUGCCUGCAUGUCUUCUACUAGCCCCACAUUCUCUAACAUCUGACCUCAGAUCUGUGGUUCUCUCUCCAGUUACCGCAGGAUGACCAGGUCCAACAGUGUGACCACGGCGGUCCAGGCCGACCUAGACGACCCUGACUACUGUCCCGUCGAUGCCCCAGAGAUGGCGAUGCGCCACUCGGCCACCAUGCCCCGCCAGUACUCCCGGGACACCUCCACCGUCUCCAUCCAGGGCUCGGGAAACCACUACCACGCCCUGACCAUGGAGGAGUACGGCGAGGUGGGUUUCGACCCAUCCAUCCUGCCCCCACCGGACCCCUGGAUGGAUCAGGUGGAGGACCCCAUGGAGGUGGUGGGGGGAAGGGGGUCGUUGUGUCCCAGGGACGGGCGCUGGUUCCUCAAGCUGCUGCAGGCCGAGAUGGAGCGCAUGGAGGGCUGGUGCAGACAGAUGGAGCAGGAAGAGAUGGAGAAUGAGCUUCCGGACGAGAGUGAGUAGUGGCUACACAGAUGUGCAUACAAAACAACAUCAACUCGAGAAUAUUCCGCAGAAUAUGUGCAAACUGGUGCAGAACUGGGGUUGGGAUUCAAUAGAAUCAGUAACACUUCUCUCCAUUUGUGCUUUUUGGUGGUGUUGGUGCAUGGUGUGUGUGAAGGUUGUAUCAGUUGUUUUCCCUCCUUCCCUCUCUCUGUCUGUGUCCUCCAAAUGCCCAAACAGACUUAGUAAAGGGAGUGAAAUUGGCUGAGUUCCAAAUGGCACCCUAUUCCCAAGACAGUGCACUACAUUUGACCAAGGCCUGAUAGGGCUCUGUUCAAAAGUACCGCACUACAUAGGGAAUAGGGUGCCAUUUGGGACGCAACCAUAGUAAUCAUGGCAGUGGGCCACAGUACAUUCUUGUUGCCUGCUAUCUCCUCUGCCGACUUACAAGGCAUAGUUAUCAAUAGGGAGCCAGCUGGGUCUGGCCAUACAUCUGUCCUGUACACUACCGGUCAAAGGUUUUAGAACACCAACUCAUUCAAGGGUUUUUCUUUUUUAAAACUAUUUCUACAUUGUAGAAUAAUAGUGAAGACAUCAAAACUAUGAAAUAACACAUAUGGAAUCAUGUAGUAACAUUAUUCAUUUUUUUUACAAAUCAAAAUAUAUUUUAUAUUUGAGAUUCUUCAAACAGCCACCCUUUGCCUUGAUGACAUCUUUGCACAUUCUUGGCAUUCUCUCAACCAGCUUCACCUGAAAUGCUUUUCCAACAGUCUUGAAGGAGUUCCCACAUAUGCUGAGCACUUGUUGGCUGCUUUUCCUUCACUCUGCGGUCCGACUCAUCCCAAACCAUCUCAAUUUGGUUGAGGUCGGGGGAUUGUGGAGACCAGGUCAUCUGCUGCAGCACUCCAUCACUCUCCUUCUUGGUAAAAUAGCCCUUACACAGCCUGGAGGUGUGUUGGGUCAUUGUCCUGUUUGAAAAACAAAUGAUAGUCACCCUAAGCCCAAACCAGAUGGGAUGGCGUAUCGCUGCAGAAUGCUGUGGUAGCCAUGCUGGUUAAGUGUGCCUUGAAUUCUAAAUCCCUCCUCCAUGCUUUACGGUGGGAAAUACACAUGCGGUGAUCAUCCGUUCACCCACAACGCGUCUCACAAAGACACGUGGUUGGAACCAAAAAUCUCAAAUUUGGACUCCAGACCAAAGGACUAAUGUCCAUUGCUCGUGUUUCUUGGCCCAAGCAAGUCUCUUCUUAUUAUUGGUGUCCUUUAGUAGUGGUUUCUUUGCAGCAAUUCGACAAUGAAGACCUGAUUCACACAGUCUCCUCUGAACAGUUCAUGUUGAGAUGUGUCUGUUACUUGAACUCUGUGAAGCAUUUAUUUGGGCUGCAAUUUUUGAGGCUGGUAACUCUAAUGAACGUAUCCUAUGCAGCAGAGGUAACUCUGGGUCUUCCAUUCCUAUGGCGGUCCUCAUGAGAUCCAGUUUCAAUCAUAGCGCUUGAUGGUUUUUGCGACUGCACUUCAAGAAACUCAAAGUUCUUGAAAUGUUCCGUAUUGACUGACCUUCAUAUCUUAAAGUAAUGAUGGACUGUUGUUUCUCUUUGCUUAUUUGAGCUGUUCUUACCAAAUAGGGCUAUAUUCUGUAUACCCCCCUACCUUGUCACAACACAACUGAUUGGCUCAAAUGCAUUAAGAAGGAAAGCAAUUCCACAAAUUAACUUUUAAGAAGGCACACCUGUUAAUUGAAAUGGAUUCCAGGUGACUACCUCAUGAAGCUGGUUGAGAGAAUGCCAAGAGUGUGCAAAGCUGUCAUCAAGGCAAAGGGUGGCUAUUUGAAGAAUCUCAAAUAUAAAAUAUAUUUUGAUUUGUUUAACACUUUGUUGGUUACUACAUUUUUCCAUAUGUGUUAUUUCAUUGUUUUAAUGUCUUCACUAUUAUUCUACAAUGUAGAAAAUAGUAAAAAUAAAGAAAAACGCUUUAAUGAGUAGGUGUUCUAAAACUUUUGACCGGUAGUGUACAGUAAAAUGGCCUCUCACAGCCACGCUUAAUAGGGGUUUUCAUUCUCAAACUCACUUAAUGACCUCGUUCAUGCCUGCUGCCAGCCCCAUAGCUCCAGAUUGACAGCCCUACACUGACACUGUCUGCAUUCCAAAUAACACCCUAUUGCCCUACUUUUGACCAGGGGAAAUAGGGUAUAGGGUGCCAUUUGGUGCGCAUCCUCGGCAUAGCCCAAUGUGGUAGCCUUUGUACGGCUAGAGUACUACUCCUUAGAUUUGUCCCUAGUGACUGUUGUCUUCCUUUAGCCUUUUACUGCAGUGGGCUAAAUCAGGGUCACACAGAGUGUUUUCUUGGUAGUCUUAAACAAAUCUACUUUGAAACAAAAGUAUACACCUCACACACAUGGUUAUGGGCUUUAAAAAAAAGAAAACACCUUGUACCAUGUCAGAUAUAGAGUUGAAAUGUAUUACAUUUUGAGUUUGCAUCCCAAUAUUAUACUUUAUAUAUACUGAACAAAAAUAUAAACACAACAUGUAAAGUGUUGAUAGCAUGUUUCAUGAGCUGAAAUAAAAUAUCCUAGAAAUGUUCCAUACGCACAAAAAGCUUAUUUCUCUCAAACCUUUUGCCAGAUAAUUUAAUAUUCAUUUUUCUACCAUAAGCCGCCUCCAACGUUGUUUUAGAGAAUUUGGCAGUACGUCCAACCGGCCUCACAACCGCAGACCAUGUGUAACCACGCCAGCCAGGCACCCGGACAGCUGAUGAAAUUGUGGGUUUGCACAACCGAAGAAUUUCUGCACAAACUGUCAAAAACUGUCUCAGGGAAGCUCAUCUGUGUUCAUCGUCCUCACCUGACUGCAGUUCGCCGAUUUCAGUGGACAAAUUCUCACCUUCGAUGGCCAUUGGCACGCUGGAGAAGUGUGCUCUUCACGGAUGAAUCCCGGUUUCAACUGUACCGGGCAGAUGGCUGUCAACGUUGUGAACAGAGUGCCCCAUGGUGGCGGUGGGGUUAGGGUAUGGGCAGGCAUAAGCUACGGAGAACGAACACAAUUGCAUUUUAUUGAUGGCAAUGUGAAUGCAAAGAGAUACCGUGACGAGAUCCUGAGGCCCAUUGUCGUGCCAUUCAACUGCCGUCAUCACCUCAUGUUUCAGCAUGAUAAUGCACGGCCCCAUGUUGCAAGGAUCUGUACACAAUUCCUGGAAGUUGAAAAUGUCCCAGUUCUUCCAUGGCCUGCAUACUCACCAGACAUGUCACCCAUUGAGCAUGUUUGGGAUGUUCUGGAUCGAUGUGUAAGACAGCGUGUUCCUUUUCCCGCCAAUAUCCAGCAACUUCGCACAGCCAUUGAAGAGGAGUGGGACAACAUUCCACAGGCCACAAUCAACAGCCUGAUCAACUCUAUGCGAACGAGACGUCGCGCUGCAUGAAGCAAGUUGUGGUCACACCAGAUACUAACUUGUUUUCUGUGACCAACAGAUACAUAUCUGUAUUCCCAGUCAUGUGAAAUCCAUAGAUUAGGGCCUAAUGAAUUUAUUUCAAUUGACUGAUUUCCUUAAAUGAACUGUAACUCAGUAAAACCUUUUGAAAUUGUUGCAUGUUGCGUUUAUAUUUUUGUUCAGUGUACAUCACAGAAGACUGAAAUAUAUUUAAAAAACUGAAACACCGGAUUAAUGUUUAUUAAUGAUGAAAUUAUGAAAAAUAUUAACAUUCCACCCAUGAGGCCAUUAGAGAGCGGUUUGGUCAUUUGACUGCAGGAAAGGGCUACGGCUAAUGCAUUAUUUCUGAUGGAGAGAACAUUUACAUUUACAUUUUAGUCAUUUAGCAGAAAACACAGCGUUAUGUGAGGUGAACAUAGACAAGUCUGCUGGUCAGCCCUUGUGUAGUGAUUCUGCAGUGAAUUUUCUCUCUCUUACAUGUAAGUUGAGGUUGUGUAUUGAGACGGGGAGGCUGGUUCCGACAUCCCCCCCACUCUCAAAGCAUGGUGUUGUUUAUUUGGUGUGCAGGAUAAACACUCCUCCUCUCAUCUAAACUCACAGUUUAGGUUCCCAGUUCCCACUCUCUACACAUUUAUAGCCUUGCACUCAUCAAAGGCAAAGUCUGUGUGACUCCAAGGUGAUUGAACUAAAGAUUGAUGUGUGCGUGUGUGCGUGUGUGUGUGGGUGACUUCCCACAGUCCUGGGGAAGAUCCGCAGUGCAGUAGGCAGCGCCCAGCUGCUCAUGUCUCAGAGGUUCCAGCAGUUUCGGGAGCUGUGUGAGGAGAAUCAGGUAUGUAAUACACACUCACACAUAAUGAGAUGAUCUAUACAAGUUUAUAAUUGACACUCAAACGAAACACCGCUAUGGAUGCAAAUUCUAGCUGAAUAGGAUUCUAGUCUAGCACCACUCAAAGCAUACUGACUUUGAAGUGUGGAGGGACAAGGUGAAAUAGUCCCAGACUAGUAUGUUGAUGACAUACUGAUGGGGAAAGGAGAAUGGUUCCAAAGCUGUCCUGACUGAGUGUGUGUGUGUGGGUCUGUGUGUGUCUGUGCGUGCACGUGGGUGCAUGUGUAUGUGUGUGUUUGUGUCUGUCAGAACCCCAAUGCCCACCCCAGGCCCAUCUCCCAGGAUCUGGCUGGUUUCUGGGACAUGCUGCAGCUGUCCAUCGAGAACAUCAGCCUAAAGUUUGAUGAGCUGCACCAACUCAAAGCCAACAACUGGAGACCCCUGGACCCCCCCGUGAUAAAGGUACCACUCAAUGUAGUAGACCCUAUAAGCAAUCUAUGGACAAGAUGAGUCAGCAAUCCGUUUUGUUUAUCUGGCCACUGUCUCCAAAUGUUAACUUUUUAGAAUUUUUGUCCACCAAUAUGACAUGUUGUAAAUUGGGUGAACUACCCAUUUAAGUCUGAAAGUAAUCCAAUACAAUGGAAUGGUGUUUUUGGCCUGCAUGCUUCUACAUUCAUUGUUGUUGAAUAUGGUUAAUGUACACAGUUACUGUAGAUUUCGGUUCAAUGUAGCACGAGGUGUUGUAAUGCAUGUAAAAUGAUUGUUGUAAUGUUGUGUGAUAGCCUGUCUGACGUGACUGCCUGUCUGCUGUGUUUUUUUGUUUUUUUGUUUUUUUGUUUUGUUGUUGACAGUGAGCUGGAUUGUUGAGAAGUCACUCUGCCUGCCAUGCAUCGUGGGGCCUCGCUGACCUCGCUGGCCACUCUUACCCCAUGCACACCCCACACCUACCACGCACUCUCACAAAAUGGCCGCCACUGCCGUCACCACCCACAUGAACAAAUACUACAGUGUACUAUAGAAUACUACAGUGCUUACUAUAGAAAUCUGUAGUAAACUGUAGAAUAUUAUACUACACACUGUAGUAUCCCUUGAUCAUGUGUCGGACUUACUAUAGAAUGUUGUAGUAUACUGUAGGAUACUAUAGUAAAUACUACAGUAUUAUCCACACACACAAAAACACUGUAGUACAUACUACAGUAAUGUCUGCAAAAACACUACAGUCCACGAAAACACAACACUUUUUUAAAUAUAGUAAAUACUACAGUAUUUAAUUUGCAUAUACAUUGCCCAUUCCCCUCCCCUAUAUCGUAAUUUAUGCCACCCAUAAGUGAUAAACCUACAUACCAAGUAUAGACCAUAUAUUGAAUUCCCUACAAGUUAUAGAAAAGAACAGAAGCUCUGAACUAUAUGUUCAGACCCCAGUCCUACCUACCUAGAGGUUAUGAGAAUUUGCUCUUUUAGUAUUUCUCCAGUAGGUUUCCUGAAGGAGAAAGCUUCCACCUCUAUAUCAAAGAUAUUAGAACAAAAACACUACAGUAAAUACUAAAGUAUAUACUUCUGUUUUCUUUUACUUCUGUAUUUAUACUAUAGUUAACUGUAAAUACUACAGUAUACUACAGUAAAGUCUGCAAAAACAAUACAGCGAACACUAUGGUAUUUAUAGUAUUUUUUGCAUGUGGGCACCAUCCAUAACUUCACUCACGUAAACCCUGUUGCAUGCUCUCACACCAUGCAAACUCCAACAAACUGCUAAUGUCAUGACUUCUUUAACCCCCACACAAUAUGGCUGCCGUUGUGCCCCUGCUGCCAGAGGCACAGAGGAUGGCCUCUAACUGUAGUUGUUUGUCCUCCCCCGUCCAUCCAGGAGAGACGGUUCGCCCCUCCAGUGCCAAAUAAGCCCCACAGGGGCCACCCUCCCCUGGCCAGGGACCGUUCUCUGGAGAGCUCCGAGAGACAGCGGCUAGAGGCUCGCAAACGCCUGCUGGCCGCCAAGCGGGCCCUCUCGGUCCGACAGAGCUCGGUCACCGAGAGUGCAGCAGACAGUAUUGAGAUCUACAUCCCCGAGGCCCAGACCAGACUAUGA